AUGGCUACAAUGACUGCAAGUGCUAGUGCCAUCUCACCUCAGCUACCUAUAGGUAAUUUAUCCCUUAUCAGUAUGGCUGCAUUGGCGUCAAGUGCUGUUUUCUCAGUUAAGAUAAAACCAGUGACAAUUGAUGAUCUGUUCGAGGGGCAGAAUCCCUUGAAUAAGCAUACUGGAUCUGGUCGUGUGCGGUUUUGUACACAAUUUCUACCUUUCGACAGUAGCAGGGUGGCCAUCCGGGCACGUGCUCAAAGUAUUGAUACAAGAAGACCCAUCACUCUUGCUACUAGAAUGCAGUCUGCUUCUUCAAUAUGUGCAGCAGCUUUAGAUGCCAGAUGUGCUGCACUCCAAACCCAGCCCAGACACACAGCACAGCAUCAAAAGACAAAAUCCAAUGCUUCAUCUAGUGAUGUGCUAAAGACACCAAAACUUGAUACAAGUGGGCCUACAUUACCACCUGAUGGCGGUGGUGGAGGUGGUGGGGGAGGUGGCGGUGGAGAAAACUGGUCAGGCGGAUUUUUUCUUUUUGGAUUCCUUCUUUUUCUAUCAUAUCUAAAAGAUCUGGAAAAUAAGAGGGGCUACAAAGAAUAUAGUAGAGGAGGAGUAGAAUAUUGA